GCACAUUUUAGGGUUUAUGGGGUUUUGCGAGCGAUGGCUAUGGCGCACCUCGCCAAGAAAGUGCCAUUCCUCUGCCGGCAGUCAAGAAGGGCAUUUUUCACGGCUUUCAAAGAUUUUGCAAGGGACACAGGCUAUCGCUUCCGGAUUUGCGCUCUUCCAGGUCUGUUUCUAGAGUUCAGCGAUCAAGAUCAACCAUGGUGUGUUUUCGAGUUCGAUCGGACAAUUUCUUGGAGGAAGUUGCUCUUCAUGCAAGUUCUUCGAGGAGCAUUUGGAGCGAUCUUUCUCUAGAACUGUGCGCCGGUCGUGAAGGUUUGUCCGAAUUUCCAAUUUCGCGGCACUACGUCGAGAGCUAUCCUGCUCUCGCCAUCGCUGGUACUCACAACGAAAGACAGGCCUUGCUCUAGCAUCGACCGGUUGGAAAUAUGCCAGUUCUGGCCCCAAGCGCGAGUCGCCGGCGUCCAAGAUCUUGAUCCUUUGACAACCACGCUCCGGACAUCUCCCGCUCCACCAACGUUGGAGAUCAUCACCAAGAUGAACCAUUUGUUGCCACGCAUCGUGAAACGAAUGCCACCCUGCCUCUUGCACUCGACUCUACACAAGAUCAUCGUAAGUCAGUGUGAUUUCAUGACUUAUGGUGUGCUACCUUGUGUAGAUGACUGGAAUGAUUCCUGCGGUCCUGUUCGCGAGGUGAACGAAGGCCGGCAUGGAAAGAUCGAAGUGUUGCUGUGGGUAGUUGCACCAUCCUCCUCGGUAGCUCUUGCGAGCGGGAUUUGGAGGGCAGAAGUUCGUGGCGGUGACGGUGAUGGAGAGAUUGCCGGGACGGCACCACUUUGGAUCCUGAUGGCACUUGAGCUCGUAGCAAGCUCCACAGGAAGCUCCGUUCUGGAACAAGACGGUGCUCAGAGCGGUGGUCUCCACUCCAAAGCCUUCGUGGUACAUGUUGCCAUAGCCGCAAGCUCCUCCUGCGAGAGAAGAUCGAGCCAAGAAGACACACGCAAAACAAGCACAUCACGGAAAGACGAAGCGAAACUUUACCCAUUGUUCCCGACGCGUCCGAGCCGCCAUAGUACGUUGCGUGAGCUAAAGUCCAGCCCUCUGGAGUAGCUUGCUUCUCGCGUUCUUGAGCUGCCGCGAGAGAGAGGAAGAAGAGAGGAAGAAGAACACAAGAAGCCAUCUCCAUCUCUAAAACUCUUGCAAGAAACUCAAAUAGAAAGAUUAACGGGUAGAAAUCUAUAACGGUUUUCAUAUACUUUAAAAUAUUAUGGUUUAGUACUAAACCUAAAUUAUCAAAUCAAGAAUUAGCAUGCUUAUAUUUAGUGGAAA